AUGAUGAUUGCCAUUCGUGAGCGACCACAAAAGUAUUUUAUGGCCUAUCUGAAGUCUACCUUUCCGAGGCCUCUUCCUCUUGCUAGGUCUCUUCCUCUUGCUAGGUCUCUUCCUCUUCCUUCUAGGCCUCUUCCUUCUAGGCCUCUUGCUGAUUUCUUAAGCGUCUUUUUCGCUAGCCAAUGGCGCGCCGAAUUUCACUUUCUGGCCAAUUAG